GGGGCAUUGUGCGUGCGUGCAGGGGAAGGGGGGGUGGUGGUGGAAACUGAUGAACUAUGAGGCGCGGGAUGGGCCAUCUCAACGUCUAAAAGACAAGGCAGUUAGAGGCACCUUCUCCCCGCCAGGCUCGGAAGCCGCUCCUAUCUCUUUAACAAACUGACAACCAGGGGGGUGGGUCCCUCCGGGGCGGGCGGACACUCCCAUUGGCCAGAGCGGGCGAGGAGUGGGCGUAGGUAGAACGCUUCUGCUGUUAGGGUCCGAGACUGCAGGUUCGCGGCUGGCGUCAUGGCAGAAAGGGCCUUAACGAAUCCCUAUCCAGAUUAUAACAAAUCUCAGACCCUGGGAUACUUUGACUCUUCGGGGAGGCUUACUACUGAGUUCUCACAACGUAUAAACAAUAAGAUUCGAGAGCUUCUUCAGCAGAUGGAAAUGGGCCUAAAAUCAGCCGACCCUCGGGACUGCACCACCUACACUGGAUGGGCAGGGAUUGCUGUACUGUACUUACAUCUCUAUGAUGUGUAUGGAGACCCAGUCUACCUAAAGAUGUCCCAUGAAUACGUAAAAAAGAGCUUAUCCUCCCUGACCAAGCGCACCAUCACCUUCCUUUGUGGGGAUGCUGGCCCUUUAGCAGUGGGAGCUGUGGUGUACCAUAAGGUGGGGAAUGAGAAACAAUCAGAGGACUGCAUCACUUGCCUUCUCCACCUGAAUAACCUUGACCCCCGAGUUCCUGAUGAAAUGCUCUAUGGACGAAUGGGCUACAUUUAUGCUUUGCUUUUUGUGAACAAGUACUUUGGACAAGAAAAGAUACCUCAGCACAAUAUUCAGCAGGUUUGUGAUGCGGUAAUAUCAUCAGGUGAGACUCUUGCCAGAAAGAGAAACUUCAUUUCAAAGACACCACUGAUGUAUGAAUGGUAUCAAGAAUAUUAUGUAGGGGCUGCCCAUGGACUGGCAGGCAUUUACUACUUCUUGAUGCAGCCUAGCCUUCAGGUAAGCCAAGCGAAGUUGCACAAUGUGGUCAAGCCCAGUGUAGACUACGUCUGCCAGCUGAAAUUCCCUUCUGGCAACUACCCUCCGUGUGUGAAUGAUUCUAAAGAUCACCUUGUCCAUUGGUGCCAUGGGGCCCCCGGGGUUAUCUACAUGCUCAUCCAGGCUUACAAGGUAUUCAACGAGGAGAAGUAUCUUAAUGAUGCCUUGAAAUGUGCUGAUGUGAUCUGGAAGUUUGGGUUACUCAAAAAAGGAUAUGGGCUGUGCCAUGGUGCUGCAGGCAAUGCAUAUGCCUUCCUGGCAUUAUACAAACUCACCCAUGACAUGAAAUAUCUGUACAGAGCUUGUAAGUUUGCUGAAUGGUGUCUAGAUUAUGGCAAGCAUGGAUGCAGGAUUCCUGACACACCUUUUUCCCUCUUUGAAGGAAUGGCUGGAACAAUUUAUUUCCUGUCUGACCUGCUUGUUCCAACAAAAGCCAGAUUCCCAGCUUUUGAAAUAUAAAAGACCAAACACAUCCCUACAGCUCACCGUGCAAACACUGGGAUGAAUGAGCCCAUUACUUUUCACCCACCUUUCUUAACUAAAGAGAACAGAUUCUGUGUUUAAAAUAAUUGGUCUUUUCCACACUAAUCUUCAGCUCGACUGUGUUUUGGGAAAUUUUAUUUAAAAAGAUCAGGGGAAAAAAAGGCGGGGGUGAAAUAUACAGUAUUUCAUUGGAAACACACAUACACAUAUUUCAGAACUUGCAAGAAGCUGCUCACUAUUUAAGCUUUUUAAUAUGAUUUAAUGUUGAUAACAGUUUUCACUACUGUAUUAAAAACAGAAUUGUAGUUAAAGAUUAAUACAUAACUGUUAGUCUGUAGUACCACUUCUUAAAUAUUCAUUUUCCUUUGGACUGUAGAAAAGAUAUUAUUAUAGCCAUGCUUCUUUGUGGUUAGCUGACUAUCAAAGGGGAGGGGAGCAGAGAUUUAUUUCCUCUGGAAAACUGCAGAAGCCACAAGCUGGACCAAGGAUACUGAAUCCUGUCUUAAACUCUCAUUGUCUAUUCAGAGUUUAUUUAGUGAAUGCUUAUCUUUUUAUUAGUGGAUAUAAGAUACAUUUGUAUGUAACUCCAAAAUUUUUAAAAUACCUUAAAAAUAUGAUAAAUCAGUUUUAAAGUUUUACUUUUAUGUUUGGAUAAAGUUGAAAGCAUGCUAAUAAAAUACAUGUUUAUUAUUUUUGGCUCUAGAAAAAUGUUCUGAAUUUUGGAAAUUCUUAUUAAAAGGUGGAUAUUUUUGUUGUUACUAUGUGAUCAGUGAGACACGUUUUUGUUUACUACUAUAUUGUGAAUUUUUCACCCCCCCUGAGCCUUUACUUCCAUUUAGCCUUGUAAUCACUGUGCUUUAGUACUCCUUGUUAAUGCUGUAGAAUAGUUUGAUCUCUAUCAAGUUGUAUGAGCCUGAUUUCACUAAACAGAGAAGUGCUUAUCCCACUUUGUUACAGAGGUCAAGAAAAAUCCACCUGGCCAAUUACUUGAAAACAGGGCCCCUCAGCACUUGGUAGCUCUGUUUAGCUGUAAGUAUUAUCUGAUGAAGGCAGUCAGAUGGCACGGUGGAUAGAGCGUCAAGUCUGGAGUCAGGAAGAACUGACCUUGGGCAAGUCAUUUAACCCUGUUUGCCUCAGUUCCUCACCUGUGAAAAUGAGCUGGAAAAGGAAAUUGUAAACCGUUUAAGUAUCUGCCAAGAAAACUCCAAAUAGUUCGUAAAGAGUUGGACACAACUGCAACAAUUGAACAACAACAAAUUAUGUAAUGAUUGUGUUCAACACAAAUUGCAGAAUAAUCUUAGGCACCUAGUUUGCACCUGGUUCCAGUCUCACGAACAGACAAAACUGGUUUUCCCGCAUUAGGCAGCUGAUGUGACUGUAGAGGGUUUAUUCUUAUGUCUGUGCUAAAUUUUCCAGUAAAAAAAUAGAAAUUCUGCUACACGCUCAGGGGCCAUUUUUUUCAAAUUGUCGGCUAUAUGGCAUUUUCCUGACCUUUCUCAUGGAAAUUAAAUGAGUGCUACUAUAUUUGACUGGAAGACUAAGAUUCCUGUAAACUGGAAGGAAAGUAUCCUACAGCCAUUAGCAAAAAGUACUAAAAUAUAGUGAUCCCAGAGCAGAUAAAACACAAAUCAAAGCUUACAGAGUUGUUAAAUCACAAAUGAAAACUUGUUUCAUUGACUUAAUGAUAACAAAAAUAUACACUUUUAAAAAAUAUUUCCCCAGUACAAAACAUUUGUGUUGCAAUUCACCAUUUUCUGAGUCUUCAGAAUUAGGGAAAGAACCAUUGGUGCCUCAAAACCCUCCCACAACUCCUGGCUCAUUGGCACCCUCCUCUACUGCUGUCUCGAUGGGGUAGAUUGGACCUUGCCUCUUACUCCUUUUUUCUGUAGCUUUUUACAACUCUUUAGGGGCAUAAAAAAACAAAGUUUAGGAAAAUAGAAUGUACCUAUUUGACCAGCAUCCCCUCACAAGAACAAAAACAUGCUACUUCCAUUGAAAUCUGGCAUUUGAGCUACUCAUUGGUUCCUGGUGUUAACAUCCCUAUUUUUUUCCUUGAAGCCUAAAAAUAGCUAAUAUUAGUGAAAAUAAUCUGGACCUUUAAAUACUGCUGAUGGUAGAAUCUAAAAACACUUAACUACACAAUUUCCUGGUUGGUCCUUCUGUGGAUUGUGCAAAUUGUGGGUAACCCCCUGCCAUGUAUCUUUCUAAAGUGCUGUGGAUAAGCUUCCUUGUGAAAGGUUUCAGAUCAGCUGUGUGGUCAGAUAAAGUAAUAAAGAAAUGUAAUGCACAUCGUAGCUAAUCUGCCUUUGGCUGAUUGUCCAGGUUGGAAGAAUAAAGCUCAUUUGGUUUAGCUACAUGUCUGCUGUACUGUUUUUUGCACUUUUCAAUAAACAGUUGCUAAAGUUGAUUUCAUGAAAA